AUGUACUGCAGCGUCCCUGCUAAAGAAAUCAUGUCAUGUACUUCGAAGUAUUACCAGCAGAGCACUGGCGGAGUCCUGACCGUAACACAAACAACGUACACAGACCAGCUUCACCCUGCACGCAAGUGCACCCACGUCUACAUACCGCUAAGCAUCUCCGAUCGACAGGUAACUCAAAGUAAAAUUUCCAGCAAACAGCAAACAACCAAGAUGUCCACGAACUCCACCUCAACAGCGGGUGACUCGAGGACUGUGACCAAGACGACCAGCUCAAAUGCUGGCGAUUCUUGCACAUGGUACGCCGGCGAGAGCUGCUCGCAGCCUCGGACGGGCUACGACUGCCUCAAUGUGUUGCUCUCGACGGACGAGUGUGCCAUCGACCCCAAUGGCGCCUGCGUCAGCGUUUCCGUCUACAAGGAGUCCGAGCCUCCGUCGGGGUACUUCCCGGCAUCCAACUACUCGUACUGCAGUGCGAACGACUCAGUGUGCUCGACUUGCCUCUCGGAGUGGACAACCGACUACGAGACAACAGGAAGUACCGGCACCAAGACGUACUGCACGGGGUCAGACGGCUGUGUGUGCGUUGCAGCGGUGGAGGUGCCGAAUUGGGAGCAGACGGUCAUCGCAAACAAGUGCGAUGGGUCAAGCACCAGUGCCGACAAUUUUCAAGAUUUUUCACCUGGAACGCAGAUCGGUAUCAUCUUGGCCCUGUGCAUCGGCGGUGUUGUGUUGUUAUCUGUCUUUGUGGUGCGGAGACACAGCCGGCGAGCUCCCGUGGACCACGGGCCGUGGUAUUUUCCAGAAUCUGAAUCGGCACACCAUGCUCCUUCGAAACCUCAACUGAGCUUGGCUGGCUGGAAGUCACUGCGCGAGAAGCUCAUCGAGGCCGAGCACGAGCUCGUCGAGGGAGACACAGUCAGACUGGACGUGCCAACUCGCAGCCCUGAAUUACUGGUAGAAGGCCCCACCGCCACUCUUUAG